AUGGAACCAGCGGCGGCAGCGUUCGUGUUCUCUCAAGGAAGCGGCGGCGGCACAAAAGAGCCACCGGAUAAAGAUCAAAGAGGAGGUAUCCAAUCAGUCUCGUUUAGGGACAAACUUGUGGGUACAAAGGCAGUUGGUGUCGUCGGAGCGGAUGUUGACUUGCGCGAUGAAGGUUUGUUCACGAUAGUGCAUGAUGGGGGGAACCGUCUCCUUCCCCGCUGCUAUAUCAAUGAGGAUGUGUUCCAGAGUGUCUGUGCACCAUGGAAAGACACCAUUGUGGUCAAGUUGCUCGGUAAGACAGUGGGGUACAUGGCCAUGAGGGAUCGACUAAAAGCACUGUGGCGCCCUCGUGGGGGUAUGGAUGUGCUAGAUAUUGGACAUGGAUACUUCAUGGUCAAUUUUGAUAUUGAAGCAGAUAGACAGCAGGCAGUGGAGGGAGGACCCUGGCUCAUGUUUGAUCAUUAUUUGUGUAUGCAGCCAUGGACACCAGAGUUCAUAGCAUCUGAAGCAAAAGAGGAAACAACAUGUGUCUGGAUCAGGUUCCCAAGUUUGAGUGUAGCAUUGUAUGACAAGCGUAUCCUCAAGGCGCUGGCGGCUGCUGUAGGGAAACCUAUUAAGGUGGACCUCACAACGUUGAAUAUCUCCAGAGGGAAGUUUGCCAGGGUAUGUGUCGAGAUUGAUCUGAACCUACCGGUGGUUGGUUGUGUCUGGUUCCGGGGUCAUUGGUAUAAGGUUGAAUAUGAAGGAUUACACCUUCUGUGCUCCAAGUGUGGUUGUUAUGGCCAUCUGUUACGGCAAUGCACUAAAGCUCCCACACCCUUGCAGGGAGCUAUUUCAACCGAGAACACGGCGGCGCCUGUGGGGAGUGAAGCGGCGGCGACAGAAGAUAUGCAGCAAUCAGAGGCAAUAGUGGGUAGGGCUGGCGUGGCACAAAGCCAGGGUGAGGUGUCGAACAAUGCAUUAACUCCGCCUCAUGUGGCGGUGAAUUCUGAGGCGAUAACUGCUACUCCAGUUAAGGAAACAAUUGCAAAUCAUGGGGAUCUUAAAAGAGGUUCCAUUAUGGGGGAUUCUGUGGAAGAUACUCCUGAUAUGCAUGGCACGUGGUUAACAGUGACACGGAGAAAAGCUCGCCCUAAAUCGCAACCCUCGAAAACACAGGGGCCCACAAAAGUACCAGAUAGAACAAAUUCCAAAAUUCGAGGGAUAAGUAAAGACCCCAUCCUUGGUGGAGCCCUCGCAGCGAGAAAGAUCAAAGAGAGAGAUAACAGGCUGGCACAUAAGUACUCGAGCCAGGGGAAAUCCACUGCCGACAGUUAUAUGAAUGAAUCACAGGGGAAGAAAAGGUUGAGAGCCUCACCCCAAGUCAAUUUCAAAGAGAAGGAACCCCCUAGGGCACCCAAUAUAACAGUAGGAAGCUCCUCCAUCCCAGCAAACACUUCUUCUGCAAUGGAACCUGUAAAACAGAAGGAAACCCUGGAGCAGGAAAGACCAAUAAUGAUGAACGUUGACCAUAUCGCAGGGAAUCACUAUAGGUUUGUGGAUACUGACGUGGAACAGGAUAUGGAGUACACUGAGCCUCUUAAGGAACUUGCAGAGGAUGUGCAGCAGCAGAAUAUCACAGCACCAACGUGA